UUGUCCCUACCCCGGGCACUGGGUUGCUGAUCCAGCUAUGGAGAAAGCCGCAGAUCUGCAGGACACAGACUCGUUAACUCUGAAGUUUAAGUUUAACCCAAAGCUGGGCAUUGAUAAUCCUGUCCUCUCCCUGGCCGAAGACCACGACCCCUAUGAUCCCUGGAGCCUGGAGCGGCCUCGCUUCUGUUUACUGAGCAAAGAGGAGGGCAAGAGUUUUGGCUUCCACCUGCAGCAGGAGCUGGGCAGGGCUGGGCAUGUGGUGUGCAGGGUGGACCCAGGCACCUCUGCCCAGCGCCAGGGUCUUCGGGAAGGAGACAGGAUCCUGGCGGUGAACAAUGAUGUUGUGGAACACGAAGACUAUGCGGUGGUGGUACGCCGCAUCCGGGCCAGCAGCCCUCGGGUGUUGCUGACAGUAUUGGCACGGCAUGCACAUGACGUGGCCCGAGCUCAGCUGGGAGAAGAUGCCCACCUCUGUCCCACCCUAGGCCCAGGGGUCCGGCCCCGGCUGUGCCACAUAGUGAAAGAUGAGGGUGGUUUUGGCUUCAGUGUCACCCAUGGCAAUCAGGGUCCUUUCUGGUUGGUGCUAAGUACUGGAGGAGCAGCUGAGCGGGCAGGGGUGCCCCCCGGGGCCCGGCUGCUGGAAGUGAAUGGGGUCAGUGUGGAGAAGUUCACUCACAACCAACUCACCAGGAAGCUUUGGCAGAGUGGACAGCAGGUGACCUUGCUGGUGGCAGGGCCGGAGGUGGAAGAACAGUGUCGCCAGCUGGGAUUGCCCCUGGCUGCACCCCUGGCAGAGGGCUGGGCACUGCCCACCAAGCCCCGCUGCCUGCACCUGGAGAAAGGGCCCCAGGGUUUUGGGUUCCUGCUCCGGGAGGAAAAGGGCCUUGACGGUCGUCCUGGACAGUUCCUGUGGGAGGUGGACCCGGGACUGCCAGCCAAGAAGGCUGGGAUGCAGGCUGGGGACCGGCUGGUGGCUGUGGCUGGGGAGAGCGUGGAGGGGCUGGGCCAUGAGGAGACAGUGUCCAGGAUCCAGGCGCAGGGCUCCUGUGUCUCCCUCACUGUCGUCGACCCUGAGGCGGACCGCUUCUUCAGCAUGGUUCGCCUAUCCCCACUCCUCUUCUUGGAGAACACAGAGGCUCCCGCCUCGCCCCAGGGCAGCAGCUCAGCCUCACUGGUUGAGACAGAGGACCCUUCACUUGAAGACACAAGCGUGCCUUCUGUCCCUCUUGGCUCCCGACAGUGCUUCCUGUACCCUGGGCCUGGUGGCAGCUAUGGCUUCCGACUCAGUUGUGUGGCCAGUGGGCCUCGUCUCUUCAUCUCCCAGGUGACUCCAGGAGGCUCAGCUGCCCGGGCUGGGCUGCAAGUGGGAGAUGUGAUUCUGGAAGUGAACGGGUAUCUUGUUGGGGGACAGAAUGACCUGGAGAGGCUUCAGCAGCUGCCUGAGGCUGAGCCACCCCUCUGCCUGAAGCUGGCAGCCAGGUCUCUGCGGGGCUUGGAAGCCUGGAUUCCCCCUGGGGCUGCAGAGGACUGGGCUCUGGCCUCGGAUCUGCUGUAGAGCACCCCUGCUUGGUACAGACAUACUCAGGGGCUACCGCGUCUUCACUCUCCAGCCUGAGGUGGUGAAGGCAGGAUGCUCUCUCUAAGCCAGACCAGAGGGACUCAGACACCACCCAUCACAGGCUGGCCCAGGUGCUCCCUUCCUUCCUGCAGGCCCACCUGCCAGCAGAGGGUGUGGUUGGAGGCCUCAGACAGGUCCCUGAAGGAGUCUGAGGCUCCAGAGGAUGUCAUAUGGGAGUUUUGGAGAGCUGUGUCCCAAGGAUGAAGGUGUGGCUGUGGGUCUGGCUAGGAUUGAAGCCAUCUGGACCUUUUCUAGAUAUGACUCCAGGACCCUUGAGUGUAAUGCAAAAAUCUGGAGACCAGCUAUGCCUGCCCUCUGUGGGUGCCUUAGCAUUGCGGGAGGGCGGUGCUUGGUCACCGCUGCAUUUGUUAUAGAAAUGGCCGUUCCCCAUAAAUCUGACUGCCUGUGUUUGUGUUGGUGGGGGUAAGGGGCAGUGAUGUGAAGGGACCAAAAGGGCCUCAGGCUCAAGGGGUGGGAUGCAGCUCCUGCAGGAGAGAGGUUGAGACCUGGUCAAAUUUCUUUCCUAUCAAUCACUGACUCUCAGGGAUAAUGGGUCAACCCAGAACUGAGAUGUCUGUAUGACAGCCACUCCUAAAAACAAACAACAACAACAAAAACAAAAAAAGAAGAAAACUAAAUAAAAAUAAAAAUAAAAAUAAGA